AUGGCAGAAGAUCUUUCGUCAGUGGCAACGAACUCCGAGGAAUUUCCCGCGGAAGCUCGGGGCGGAAACCGCAGUCCAGCGGCGGCGCGAGCUCCAGAAUCUCCCUCGAAUGAGGAGGCUUCCAGGAGCGAAGCUUCAGCCUGCUGGCCUGGAGGAAAUAUAGAUGCCAGCGCAUGCCGUGGAGCUCUCAGUUCGCCCGCUGAUGAGCUUACGACGGCUGCGAUGGUGUGCCCGCCUCACGGUUCGCCCGAGAGCAAAAAUCAGAUGCGGAAACGGCGGAGGCAGGAAAGACACGAACAGAGGAAGCAGUUGUGGAAGGAAAAGAAGAAGGAACUGAGAGCAAACAAAAGGGUACAGCGUCCUACAAGCGGCGCCAGCGAAGAGGCGGCGCUCAUCGACAGUUCAAGACUCGUGACGUCGCGGGACGAAUGUUGCUCAGCGAAUUGUGGAGAUGCCCGCGGUCACGGCAGAGAGGCAUCGUCAGUUGCGUCGCAUUCUACCUGCCACGGGGACCCGUGCGUGGAUCAGACCGCACAGCGACGAGCUCCGCGUCCCUUGCUGUGCAACCUCGCAGGAGUUCAAUCGCCAGGGAGCGACGGCUGCUGCUGCUCAGACAGUCCCAGCAAGUGUGCUUCUUCGAUGCCGCACGCCUCUAAAGCCGGUCCCUCCACGCCCCCUGCGGCGCAUUCAGGGGCUGGCGAGCGCGACUCGUCGCGUGCGACGAGUCUUUUUUUGAAGUCGACAGCAGGCUCACGGUGUACCCGCUGUCGUGCGUGUCGGCGAGGAUCUGUGGGAAUCGUUAUCGACUGCGAUUUCGAGGACUUCCAGACCGAGCGGGAGAUCAUGAGUCUCUCGCAGCAGCUCAUGUACUCGUACGGUGCCGCCAGGCGGCACAAUAAGACAGUACAAUGUCUGCUAGACAGCGGCGAAGCCGCUGGACUCUGUUCAUGCGAAGCGCCCAAAGGCAAUGGGACGCGGGAAUCCGACGCGGGAAGAGACCAGGCUGCUGCUGAAGAGCAGAAUCCGCUGUCCGACGCACCCGACCACGACGACGGGGUUGGCGCCGCUGCAGCCUGUGAGCCGCUCAGGGCGGAGGCAGCUCAAGGAGCGCACAUGCCGAGCUCGGGUCAGGCGGACGAUGAACGACAGGGACGUGAAAAAACUGCUCAGUUGCUUAACGGCGCAGCGCCAGCGUCGCCACGCGAAGACGCUGCAUCCACAGAAGUCGGUGAGGCUGCCAGAUCAGCCAGGGAGGCAGCACAGGCGCCGCUGCCGCGGGAACGUAGCGCGUCUGCCGCUGCCGAUGCUGCGGGUGCAAGCGAGGAUGGGCCUGGCGUCUGUCAGUUUUGCGGCCGGCGGAAAAAAGUGCCGCCUGUUGGAUUUGCCGUAACGGGCGUCGGCCCGCAGUUAGCGCACCACCUCAGCAACUUCCAGGGCUUUGAGCGCUGGCAGUGCGAGGCCUAUACGCAGCCGUUCAAUGAGCUGUACGCGCCGCAAGGCGCCGGGGUCGGCGCCGCCGUCAGGGGUUCCGCAGCGAGCGGGAGCGAAGGGCGUGAGACGAAGGCCGAAGCCUCGCACGCAGGGCAGACAGAGGAGGCAGGAAACCCUGGAUCGAAAUGCCUGCGAGAGCCGAAUAUUGUCUAUUUGAGUGGAGACGCAGAGGACCUGCUCGAGGACAUUCGCCCAGGCUGUCACUACGUUAUCGGCGGCUUGGUCGACCGCAACCGCCACAAAGGGCUGACGGCUCGAAAAGGCAACCGAGAAAACAUUCCCAUCGCUCGCCUGCCUAUCCGUGAAUAUUUGGGUAGAAAACUCGAUGGCUGCGCCAUUCUCACUGUCAACCAGGUAGUUGACAUUCUUCUGGGGUAUUUGGCCACUCGCGACUGGCACGCAGCACUCGUCAGGGCAUUCCCUGCGCGAAAAGGGAGAUCAGACUUUUGA